AUGGCCACGCUCAGUGUCCUCACGUUCGAUCCGAAGGGCCGCCUGAUAGAGUUCGAUGCGUGGCUCGACGACCUACAGUUGUUCUUACUGAGCGAGUCCACGAACGGAGUCUCACUGUUUGACCUCACGUCUGGCGCCUCUCCUCCCCCUGCCGCCACAGCUGACAGUACGACUUGCUCACAGUGGCUUACUCGUGACGCUGCUGCUCGCUUAGCCGUUCGCAACCACGUGUCGUUAGCCGAACGCGCUCACUUCAGACAGCAUAAGACAGCGAAAGCACUGUAUGACGCUGUAGUCACUCGUUACUCUUCCCCGGCCACUGCUGCUCUAGGCCGCCUUCUUCUUCCCUACCUGUUCCCAGAGUUGUCCGCCUUUGCCACAGUAGCCGACCUCGUCACUCACCUUCGUACUAGUGACACUCGCUACCGCACUGCGCUUCCCGCUGAGUUUCUCACCAAGAACCCUCCUCCCAUGUACAUCACUCUCUACUUCAAAUUCACCCACCUCCCUGACUCUCUUAGCGCUGUCACGGACCUCCUUCUAGCCGUUGACCCCAGCACCCUCACUGUCGACCUGCUCGAGAAGCACCUCCUUGCAGCUGAGACUAGCAUAGUCGCUGAAGGCGCUUCUCGUGGUACUCCUCGCACCCCCUUCUUUGAGGGGUGUUCGCCCUCCCCCCUUCUCCCCUCAGUCGCCUCUGCUGCAGCUGUUGACUACCUUCGUGCUGAGGAGGUAGGAGCUGCGUCUGCCCCUAGUGGGAGGCGCCGCAGCGGCAAGGGAGGCCAAGGAGGCACGGGCGGUGGGGGUGGCAGAGGUGGAGGCGGCGGUGGAGGGGGUGGAGGGGGCGGCGGUGGUGGAGGGAGUGGUGGUGGGAGUGGGGGUGCAAGUGGCGGUGGGGGUGGCGGCAGUGGCAGUAGUGGCGGCGGCAGUGGUGGCGGCAGUGGGAGUGGAGGCGGCGGCAGUGGUGGCGUUCGGGGUGGUAAUAGUCAGAAGGGAGGCCUUGGCGGUGGUAACAGACAGCAGCAGCGGUGUCAGCUUUCGCCCCAGGAGCUACGUGAGUGGUUUGCUCAGCGUGGGGCGGCUGGGGGUAGUGGUCCCUGCCCGUAUGUCAUUUGCACAGGUGACCGCACUGACCCAAGUAUAGAGGCUGCUGCUCUGGGUGCUAGUGCGUCUGCUGCUCUAGGUGCUGGUGAGUCUGCCCUCUCUGGUACUGAGUCUGCUGCGCCCUUGCACACCUUCACGCUUGACUCAGGUGCUUCCCGCUGUUUCUUUCGUGAAAGUACCACAGUCACACCGCUUUUUGCACCUGUUGCUGUCUCUCUAGGUGACCCCUCUGGGGGCCCAGUCCUUGCACGUUCCUCCACUGUUCUGCCUUGUCCGGCGGUUUUGUCUGGGUCGUUGUCAGGCCUCCACCUCCCCUCAUUCUCUACGAACUUGGUGAGGAUUGUUGUCCUCCAGGAUGCGGAGGCUGACACCUUCACCCGUGGUCGGCAGCGUGUGGCGAUCCGUACGUGCUCGCCCGGGUCGAGUCUGUACGCACUGACUACUGCGCCUCCUCAGGUAGCUGCGUCUGCGUCUACGUCAGGUCAGCUUGCAGCCCCCUGCUCGUGUCGCGCCCUGUCGCCACAAACGCUCCUUUGGCACCACCGCCUUGGUCACCCCUCUAUGGCACGCCUCCAUGGCAUGCACUCGCGUCUCCUUUUCCCUGGUCUUCCCAGGUCUCUCCCUCCCCUUCCACCCUCGCCUGCCCCUCCCUGCCUUCCCUGCGUCGAGGGGCGGCAGCGCGCUGCUCCUCACUCCUCCUCUUUCCCCCCGACAAAGGCUCCCCUGCAGACUCUCCACCUGGACGUGUGGGGCCGAGCCCGCGUCCGUGGACAGGGCCACGAGCGGUACUUUCUGCUGGUUGUCGACGAAUACACGUGUUACACCAUGGUCUUCCCCUUGCGCCACAAGGGGGAGGUCCCUGAUAUUAUGAUCCCUUGGAUCCGCGCUACGUUCACGCUUCCGGCCUCUCCGCAGCAGAAUGGGGUUGCUGAGCGCCGCAUUGGCUUGGUCAUGGAGGUCGCUAGUACCUCCAUGAACCAUGCGGCUGCCCCCCAUUUUCUGUGGCCGUUUGCAGUCCAGUACGCUGCGCAUCAGCUCAACCUCUGGCCCCGUGUCUCCUUGCCGGAGACCUCGCCCACACUGCGUUGGACGGGGGAGGUUGGCGAUGCGUCGGUGUUCCGGGUAGACCCUGUCGAGCCUGUCGAGGUAGCUGUCGACUCUGGUACAGCUAGAGGCGCUGCGUCUCGGGGUGCUGCGUCUGGGGGUGCUGCGCCUACGGGUGUGGGGCCUGGGAGUGCGGAACCUGGGGGUGCUGCGACUGGGGGUGCUGAGUCUGGGGGUGCUGAGCCUGAGCGUGGGGGUACUUUGUCUUCUGGAGGUCCUCCGGGUGUCUUGUCCCGUCGGGAGACGCUCUCUCCACCGCAGCUGCGUGAGUGGUUUGCUCGGAACUGGAGCCUCCGGAGUGGUGCUGCUGAAGCUGGAGCUGCAGGAGGUGCUGGAGCCCCUGGUCCCGGAGGUGCUCGUACUGGAGGUACUGGAGCUGCUGGGGCUGGAGGUGCUGCUGGAGCUGCUCGAGGUGCUGCUGGAGAUGGAGCUGCUGGAGGUACUGGAGUUAAAGGUGCUGCUAGAGCUGGAGCUGCUGGAGGUACUGGAGCUACUGGAGUUGGAGGUGCUGCUGGAGGUAAUGGAGCUACUGGAGCUGGAGGUGUUGCUGGAGCUGGAGCUGGAGGUGCUGCUGGAGCUAGAGCUGCUGGAGUUGCUGCUGGAGCUGGAGCUGGAGGUACUGGUGCUGUCGAUGCUGGUUCUGGAGGCGCUGAGCUACCGCGACCGUACUUCGUUCCAUUGCUUCAGCAGGUUCUUGGUCUCCCGCCUUCUACUGACCUUUCCCCUCCCUUACUGUGUCCACCGCCUGACCAAUCCCAGCCGCAGUUACAGCCAGCCUCCCCACUGCCUGCUCCUUCUCCUUACACUGAGCAGCUCGGAGGUCUUACAGAGCGUCGUGAGCCUGCGUCUCGUCCUGCGUCGCCUGUUCGCGCUGUUCGCACUGGUCGUCGUGUUCCGCGUCAGCGUCCUCCUCCUGUCCCCGGCACGCACCAGAUGGCGCUUCGUCCUUCCUCUAUUCCACUGCGUGUCCCUCUGCCGUCUCCUCCUUCGUCCUCCCUUGCUGACGGUCCGGACCCAGAGUCUGACUACCUUCGUGUUCCUAGUCCUACUCUCACGUGUCUCCUGGCCACUGUUGUCAGUGAAUUUUCCUUUGAGUCUACUGCUGCGUCUACUCUUGUUGCUGAGCUGGUUGACUUUUCUGCCGCUUGUCAUCUAGACUACGCCGCUAGUCUUGUUGCUGAGACAGGGCAGGAGGACUUUGAGUGUUUUGCAGCUGCUGUACCUCAUCUCGUGUCCAUGCUGAUUGCACCUGAGGGAGACCCGAAUGCACCAGACAUCCCAACGCCGUGCUCUUACGCAGAGGCGAUAGAGGAUCCCUACUCCUCUCAGUGGCAGUCAACCAUGGACGCAGAGAUGGCAUCUUGGAAGUCCACAGGCGCCUACUUCGACGAGGUUCCCCCACCUCGGGCGAACAUUGUCAGUGGCAUGUGGAUUUUCAGGGUGAAGCGGCCGCCGGGUUCUCCGCCUGUCUUCAAGGCGUGUUACGUUGCACGAGGCUUCACGUACGAGCUUCACUCUCUUGACUUCAGCACUGCUUUCCUACAGGGCAGCCUGCACGAGGAGAUCUGGCUGCACCGCCCACCUGGCUUCACUGGGUCGUUUCCUACAGGUUCCCAGUAG